GUUUCUCACUUUUUGUAAAGCAAUAAAAAAUCUUCUAAGCUUUUUCUGCCUCAAAAGUUUUAAUAUUAUAUAUUUAUUCAUGUUUAGGUUAAAUAAAAAGUUUUGGUUUCUUCAAGUAUAUCAACAACUAAAAAAAAAACAAAAAACGAUUGAAGAUAAGGUUCUCUCUCUGACACGGUUCCCAAUGCAGAACCACUGGUUCUCAAAUGCUCGUGCUUCCGCCCUGAAUCCAAGGCUUCCCACCGCUGGUGGUAACCAGCUCCCCCCUCCGCCCAUCCCUCCUGACCCGCCUGACCCUUCCGAUGCUAUCUCCCUUUCCAAUUUCCCCACCUUGUCCUCUACCUCCUCCAAGCUCCUAAAGAGUCCACUUCAAACUGCUCGUACCCAAGAGCCUGUUGUGGUCUGUUCUAGUUUGGUUGUUGAUUCUGUCCCAACUACUACUGAUGUUGUGAUGCAUCAGGUCGAGAAUACUACUCCAGUUUCUGCAGAUCCCUGUGUUCAAAAUCCUGGAUCUGUGAUAACUGCUACAGAACAUCUUCCUGUAGCUGAAAAAUUUACUGUGCUAACCCCAAAAUCUACCUCUCCCUUAAUCACCAAUAAGGCCUCAACCUCUCAUUCUCCAAACAAAAUCCUAUCUCCCAUCAAAACCCCUGCCCCAAUCCUUCCCAAAUCAUCCUUUGUGUCUCCUGUCAAUCCAGCUGCUCUGCCAGCCACUACUGUCACUGAAGGCCCUACUGAAAGUUCUCCUCUCCCUCAAAAAGAUGCUACUGAGGGCUGUACUGCUCCUGCCUCUAAUCCAAGGACUCUGGCUGACAAACUUAGAAAGUCGGUAGACCGCAGCUUAAAGCGGCUUGCUCCAGUCUCUUUUACUAAAGAUGGAAGACCUACAAUUCAUAUUCCUGACACGGUAUUCCAAAGAGGGGCUGAGUCCCACAAAGACUUCAUCAUCUGUUUCUUCAAUGGUAGGCUUCCCCUUUUCCACCAAAUUCAAAGCGUUCUCAAUCAUAUGUGGGGAAAGGGCCGCCGUCUUGAGAUUCAUGUAAACCACCUAUCUAGAUCAAUGCUUGUCCGUAUACCAAAUGAUUUCAUUCGGCAGAAGGUCCUUGAAAAAUGUAUUUGGUAUAUUGGGGAUUCUAUGUUCCAUACUACUCCUUGGGCGUCACAUUACUCCUCUGCGUCACCUGCUCUUGACUCCAUCCCCAUUUGGAUUCACAUGUUUGAUAUCCCUUUGGACCUAAGAACAAAAGAAGGUAUAAGUUUAGUGUCAGGGCUUGUUGGUGAGCCAAAGGAAACAGAUGAUUUCACUUUAAACCUUGUGAGUCUAAAGGUUUCACAUGCCAAAGUCUUGGUGGAUCUUACCAAACCACUGCCGGAUGUGGUGGAGUUUACUAGAGACAAUGGACAAAUUGUUGAAGUGGAGGUUAAAUAUCCUUGGCUUCCCCCAACUUGUUCUCACUGUAAAGAGCUUGGCCACAUUGUUAGAAACUGCUUGCAACUACCUCCAGACCAUGAAUCUUCUCAAAAAGUUUCGGUCCCUACAAGCAAAGUAAAAAAGGUCUCAGGCGCUAGAGUAAACAAAGGAAAAGAAAAAUCUGUUGCUCCUACUACUAUUGUUCCUGCUAAAGAAAAGAUGGUCCAGGUUACUUCUGGCUCAAAAGACUCUAAUCUACCGGGGGCCAAUCCAGUCCCAAAACCCUUUACUUGUACCAACCAAUUCUCUUGCUUGACCCCUUCAGACCCAACACCUCUCUCUGAAACAGCAACCCUCUCCUCCACAAAUUUAACCCUCCCUGCUGCUUCCCCCUUAAUUGACCAACUACCUAAACCACAAACUACACCAUCUAACCCUCUUCCAAAAAGCAAACCUGAUUUGCCCAUGAUCAUUGGGCUUCCUGCAGCCAUUACCCCUUCUGGUCUGCCCUAUCCUUACACUCCUCCUAAAUCACUAAAGCGCUCUCGCUCCCAUCCUACCCUCUCAGACUCAACCUAUUUACCAAACUCUUUUGUCCCAAACCCUCUUUCUCUACCUGUUCCACCAGUUCAUACUCAACCCAAAAAUGUUUUGUCUUCACCUGAAACUGAUAAUGAGCUUCUUUUGGAUGGUCCUCUCCCAGCCAAGGGAGAACCCCCUGCUCAUCAUUAAUGUAAAAGGAAAAAUCAACAACUGGUGUGCAAAAUCCUUAUCUUUUGCGGGCAGGCUUCUGCUCAUUAAUACUGUCAUUGCUGGGAUUUCAAAUUUCUGGUGCUCCACCUUUAUCCUCCCAAAGUUGUGCAUCAAAAAAAUUCACUCAAUCUGUAGUGCUUUCUUGUGGAAAGGGAGUCUGGAAGGUCAUCACAGUGCUAGAGUCUCCUGGGAAACUGUUACAAAACCAAAGGAUCAAGGAGGGCUGGGAAUAAGAGAUCUCACUUAUUGGAAUAAAGCGUGUACCAUCAA